AGCAAUUGCUACCUAGCCUCCAAUCGAGCUUGAAUUCGACAUUUUCCACACGUAAAAGGCAUCGAAUUAGCACCUCGGCCCUCAAAAAUGUCUACUCCAAACGUCAACUCCGCGCCCACCUCGGCCGCCCCCACCCAGAACCAAGACCGCCUCAAAACCUUCUUCGAGGGGCAGUCCGCCGACACGCAUCCGUCUCGAUGGGACGACCUUUGGAAAGCGGGCGAUUUUCUACCCUGGGAUCGCGGCUUCGUGAACCCCGCCCUCAUUGACGCCUUGAACGAACGGAAGGAGCUCUUCGGAUCGCCCAAGAAAGAGGAUGGUAGCAGGAAGAAGGUGCUUGUUCCCGGCUGUGGAAAGGGAUAUGAUUUAGUGCUUUUUGCAGCAUAUGGAUACGACGCAUUGGGUCUUGAGAUCAGCGAGAACGCCGUGAAAGCUGCGGAGGAGUUCCUUAAGAAUCCCGGCGAGGGCAAAGAGGGGGAGUACAAGACACAUGAUCCUGAGAUAGGCAGGGGCACUGCAACAGUGAUUCAGGCGGACUUUUUCAAAUAUGAUUGGAGAGAAGAAGAGGCAGGACCUUGCGGUAAAGGGUAUGAUUUGAUAUAUGAUAAUACGUUUCUAUCCGCGUUACCGCCUUCAUUGCGACCCGAUUGGGCUCUUCGCAUGUCUAGACUGGUGGUAGCUACCGGCAUCCUUGUAUGCCUUGAGUUUCCCACCCACAAGCCCCCCAAGUCUGGCGGUCCACCGUGGGCCUUGCCCCCUGAUGUCUACGAGGAGCUUUUCAAACGCCCAGGAAGCGUGAUAAACUAUGACGAAGAUGGCAGAGUGAUUAAAAACGAGGGGGCAACGAGUGAGAAUUCCCUCGCGAGAAUAGCUCACUGGAAACCCAAGCGGACUCAUCAGGUUGGGAUUAUCAAUGGUGAAGUCAAGGAUUGGGUGAGCGUCUGGAACCAUAAAUAGUCUCGUAGCGUUGGAAUGGGACAGGAUUGUGCAAUCAUUCGACGAUGCCC